AGAGGCAAGCGACCCGCCGGAGGAGAAGACCGCCCCUGGCCACCCACUGGACAGCAUGGAGGAGCCAGCAAUAGCAACAACAGCGGCGUCACCAGCCACGUCGCCCACGUCAACACUGCAGGUACCGCCAGCCACGUUGCCGGACACAGGAGGAGAGCCAGCAGAAGCCACCAUAGAAGAGGCGUCUCCACCUGCGUCACCAUCCACAGUACCAGUUCAACGACCAGCUGCACCACAAGUGGUUGCACCAGCCGCAUCACCAGCCACAACAGGAGUGGCCACGGAGUCCACAACACAACUGGAGUCUCCAGCCAUAUUGCCAUCCACAACACAACUUGAACCGGCACCUGCUACACACAUGGCAUGUCCCGCCACGUCCCCAUCUACAACACAUGUCUCAUCAGGCAUGACACAAGUGACGUCGGCACCUACAAUUGAAGUGGCGUUGCCACCCACAACAAGAGCAAUUCUUCGAGCCUCAUCGCCAGGCAAAACAGAAGUUAUAUCACCAGCAGCCCAUCUAACCACAAAGCGUGUAGCCUCAUUACCUUUAGAGCAGUUGGUGACCAAAGCAUCGCCGUCAGCCUCCACACAAAUAGCAUCCGCCAUCCCCAUUGCCUGCUACAGCAUGCAUCCUAUCACCAGUCCUGUUGCCAGAUGCAACACCCAUCAAGGCACCAACCCUGUUGCCAGAUUCAGCACACGCAGUGCCACAAGUCCUGCUGCUGGAUUCAGCACACGCAGUGUCACCAGUCCUGCUGCCAGAUUCAGCACACGCAGUGCCACAAGUCCUGCUGCUGGAUUCAGCAUAUGCAGUGUCACCAGUCCUGCUGCCAGUUUCAGCACACGCAGUGUCACCAGUCCUGCUGCCACAUUCAGCACACGCAGUGUCACCAGUCCUGCUGCCACAUUCAGCACACGCUGUGCCACCAGUCCUGCUGCCAGAUUCAGCACACGCUGUGCCACCAGUCCUGCUGCCAGAUACAACACGCGUUCUGUCACCAGUCCUGCUGCCAGCUACAACAUGAUUCGCGUCGCAAGAUUCUGA